AUGGCUGCUCAGGAUAAAUAUUGCUUCGAAAGAGACAAGAAAGAGUCGGAGAGGCUGGAUGUACAGCACCGCGUGCUCGUCCGAACCAGCGGGGAUACCCUCAUUCAUCCUUCAAUUCCAGUCGAAGACAUCCGUUCUGUUGCAGAUAUAGCUACCGGAACUGGCAUUUGGCUGCGAGAUCUGAAGAAAUCGCUGGAUACACCUCAAGUCGAUCGCUACUACCAUGGAUUCGAUAUCUCAUCCGAGCAAUUCCCUGAGAACCCAGGAGCGAUCCAGUAUAGUGUUCACGAUCUGACUGUCCCAUUCCCUCAAGAACAUUGGGGACGAUAUGACUUGGUACAUGUUCGUCUUCUAGUCGCUGCUCUCGAGGAAUCAGACUACAAAGCUGCGAUCGCAAAUAUCUUUAAAAUAUUGAAGCCCGGAGGCUACCUCCAAUGGGAAGAAAUCGACGCUGUAACUUACCUCACAAAAGGCUACCCGGUGCUCACUGAGCUUUAUCGCUGUUUUGACUAUGGACUGACAGCCGAGGGCAAAUGCUUUCAGGCUUCAGCUAAGGUAUAUGAAGAGACUCGGGCAGCUGGAUUCGUGGGUGUAGAGCGACUGUGUUAUGAUUCGCACAAGAUUCCUGAUCUGCACCAUGAUGUCGAGGAGAGACUUGCUGCGUUAAUCAGAACACUUUAUGCCUUCCUUUUGCUGAGAUCUAAGCAGGUCGAUACCGCAGAAGUCGCAUCGCAAGAGGCAGAGAAUCUUGCUGAAGAGCAUCGGCGUCGGUGCGCAGAGGGAAAUUCCCCGCCCCUGAAGUUGAUGAGGGUUGUGGGUCAGAAGCCUUUGUAUCGGUCAUCGCUGUAG